AUGUCGGCGCAUUCGGCGCAUCAACAGCGCGACGUCAGGCACAACCAGUUCCGUGACCACAACUUCAUCAACCAGGGAAACUUUCGAGAUAUCUACUACGGGUUGCCCCACCCACCGGCCCGCGCCGAAGUCAUCCGCGUCAUCCCAUAUCCCCGCAACGAGGAUCUGGUCCAUCGACGAGAUCUCAUUGAUAGACUAGACAAGCUUUUGCCGCCAACAUCAGGAUCUCGUGGCGCCGCGCUCUGGGGCCUAGGGGGGUCGGGUAAGACACAGAUUGCACUAGACUAUGCGUAUCGACGAUGCGACGCCGACGAGGAAUACUGCGUCUUCUGGGUGCAUGCAGACAACGAAGCGACUUUUUUGGCCGAUUAUAAGACGAUCGGGAAAAAGCUCGGAGUCGACGAGCGGCUUGAGGGGUCGGAUCUGCUCGAUGCAGUGCGCAGCGGGAUCGAAGGACGGUCGAAAUGGGUGAUGAUCGUCGACAACGCUGAUGAUCUGAGGUUAUUUGGAGUCGGCCAACAAGCAAAAGGAGACGGGACGAAGGAGAACCAGAGCCUAUGGAAAUACAUCCCUUGCACGUCGCAAGGGAUGGUCCUAUGGACGAGUCGAGACGCGCACAUCACCGGUACGCUUGUCGGACCGCGUUGCGGUAUUGAGGUGCGAUCUAUGGCGAUAGACGAGGCGACGACGCUCCUAGCAAGGGUCAGAGACGAGCCGCCGACUGCAGAGGAGGCAUCGGGGGAGGCAGAAGUGGAUGCUCUUCUAGAAGAGCUACAAUGCCUGCCGCUGGCGAUCGCGCAAGCUGGGGCAUACAUGCGGCGCAUGUCGAUGACAGCCGAGCAAUACCUGGCUCUCCUAAGGCAAGGCCAGACUCGGUGGGAAGUGCUGAAGGUGAGCGAUGCCGACCGACAUCGACGGCCUGAGGUAUCGAAUAGUGUGCUUGAGACGUGGAGGAUCUCGACGGAGCGGAUCCGAGCGGAGAGCGAGAUGUCAUAUCAGAUGCUGCACGUGAUUGCGUAUGUGGAUAGCCAAGACAUACCGCAAGAACUGAUGGCGGCAGCCGCUAGUCGGUACGACAUUGACGGCGAGAUAUCAACUAGACAGGCUACGGAGCUUGAGGUUCUAGAGGCGGUCACACGACUAAAAGAGUUUUCUUUUCUUAGCCUGCGGCAAAUGGAGGAUGGCGAGCGGAGCUAUGAGAUGCAUAAGCUUGUGCAAGAAGCUGUACGAUAUGGGCUCGGGGUAAGAGGCCCGAUGGAGACGACUAUGGGCAAGGCACCAUGGGUAGAGAGCGGGCCGAGCGAACCAGAGAAGGGUGAAGCAUACUAUUCUGGCAUGGCUCUGCAGGUAGUAGAUGGCCUUUUCCCGAUAUCAGAGCCGACUUCGUGGGGGCGAUGCGAGCAGUAUGUGACGCAUGCCAUACGAGUAGGGGAGUGGGCGGAGGUGAGCGGGACCGAGAUCGAGACGUCGGCUUUACUCGAGAGAGUAUCGAGCUUUCUCUAUGAACGAGGGCGAUGGAGGGAGAAGGAGCCGGUAGAUAGUCGGGCACUAAAACUCCGGCGAGAGGUACUUGGGGAGAAGCAUCCAGAUACGAUCUGGAGCAUGGCGUCACUCGCGGCGACGUACCAUGACCAGGGUCGAUAUGACGAGGCUGAGAGACUGAAGGAUGAGACACUGGAUCUCCAACGAGAAGUGCUUGGGGAGAAGCAUCCUGAUACGAUCAGGAGCAUGGCGGACCUUGCGAUGACGUACCAUGAGCAGGGUCGAUAUGACGAGGCUGAGAGACUGAAGGAUGAGACACUGGAUCUCCGACGAGAGGUGGUUGGGGAGAAGCAUCCAGAUACGAUUAGGAGCAUGGCGUCACUUGCGGCGACGUAUCAUCAGCAGGGUCGGUAUGACGAGGCUGAGAGACUGAUGGAUGAAGCAUUGGGUCUCCAACGAGAGGUGGUUGGGGAGAAGCAUCUAGAUACGAUUAGGAGCAUGGCGUCACUUGCGGCGACGUACCAUGUGCAGGGCCGAUACGACGAGGCUGAGAGACUGAUGGAUGAAGCAUUGGGUCUCCAACGAGAGGUGGUUGGGGAGAAGCAUCCUGAUACGAUCAGGAGCAUGGCAUCUCUCGCGGUGACAUACAAUGCGCAGGGUCGAUAUGACGAGGCCGAGAGGUUAAUGGAUAAAGCACUGGAUCUCCGACGAGAGGUGCUUGGAGAGAAGCACCCCGAUACGAUCUGGAGCAUGGCGUCACUCGCGGUGAGAUACCAUGCGCAGGGCCGAUAUGACGAGGCCGAGGGGUUGAAGGUUGAAGUACUGGAUCUCCGACGAGAGAUGCUUGGGGAGAAGCAUCCGGAUACGAUCUGGAGCAUGGCGGACCUCGCGUCGACAUACUAUGAGCAGGGCCGAUAUGACGAGGACGAAGAGAUCUCGGUCAAAGUACUGGAUCUCCGACGAGAGAUGCUUGGGGAGAAGCAUCCAGAUACGAUCAGGAGCAUGGCGUCACUCGCGGCGACGUACCAUGCGCAGGGCCGAUAUGACGAGGCUGAAGUGCUUCAUCAAGCCGCCUUUGAGCUUCGCCGGCAUGUUCUUGGAGAAAGCCAUCCGGAUACGAUGCAGAGCAUGGCAUACGUCGCCUCAACGCAGGAGGCGUUACAACAACUACCGUCUCUUGUGGAGUCAGUCUAG